AUGACGGUUGCUUCUGCUGCUGCUGCUGCUGCUGCUGCUGCUGCUGCUGCUGCUGCUGCUGCUGCUGCUGCUGCUGCUGCUGCUGCUGCUAACAGGUGCUGGCCCAGCAACUUAGAGUAGCGAGAUGAGACCCUAUAAAUCACACGAAAAGCUUCGCUGGGAUCCACACGAUGUCCGGAAUAAACAUGAUGCGCGAGAAUGACACUGCUUAUGCUCCUAGUUCUACCUUUUCCCAGCCAUGCCGGGAGGUGUUCUUGCUGCCAUCACGUUACGAAAACUAACCUUAUGCGCACAGAAGAACCACGUUCAGGCUCCGCGCCUACAGCGGUCGAAGGUCGUCUAAAGCUGAAACUCUCCGCGCCCUUCCGCCCUGGCACUGACUACUAUUACCUCCAAUCCCCCCCUCACAUUCCCACACCCCGCCUGGGUUUUAAGACAAACUUUAAUUGAUUUCUCUUAUCACUGGCAUGGGUUUGCUUAUAACCCGUUCCCAUAUGAUUGUACUGGCUGAUGAGAAUUUACCAAAAGCAACGUAUGCCCGCCAACUCGUCUUCUGAAUACUGCUAUGGAACUUUCCGCAACUUUAAAAUCAUGACACACCGAGGUCUGCCAAACUUCGAACAUUGGCCUGACUUUUCGUAAUCCGCCUAUGCCAACGGUGAACGAAGUGAAUCUAUUUCGCAAGUCUAGUCGUCACACAUAGCUAUUUAUCCCUAUUACCUUCGCGACAGCUUAUCAACUGCAUAAAACAGAUAACAAGUGGGAAAGAUACAGAGGUUUGAACUUCGACAGAGAAAAUUAAUGCCAUUGCCCACCACGUCAAAUUGUGUUUACGAAUUUACUUGCAAUUGUGGAUGUAAAUACAUUGGGCGAACGCAAAGGCAACUGGCAGCCAGGUCAGUUGAACAUCUGCCUAAAUGGCUUCUAAAGAAGAAGAAUAAGAUUCCACGAUCUUCUAUUACAAAACACCUCCUUGAUAGCGGUCAUUCGGUUGACCCAAAACAUCUUUUCUAGUAUUAGUUCGAGCCCGAACAACUCAGUUACUGCGCUACCUAGAGGAAGCCCACAUACGGCAGGAGAAACCCCACCUAUGUAAACAGUUACACCACGUGAUCAACCUCAGCUUUUCCUCGUAGAUCUGAGUCCUUUUGAUUUACAAAAGCCCUCCGCGUGUUAACUUCCCCAUUUUAUUUCCCAUGUUGCGUUUUGAAGUUACCAUUUUAUUAAUAAGUCCACAUGCAGUAUAAGAUGACCUUGUUGUUUUACACUUAUUUUCUCUGUCGAUGUUCAAACCCCUGUAUCUUUCACACCUGUUAUCUGUGUUAUGCAAGGACAGGCUGCAGUUGAUAAGCCGUCGCGAAAUUUACUGUUGUCUAUGCCUUCUUUAAAUUCAUUCCGGGGUAUUAUUGCUUCAACUGCUGCAUUCAUAAGCAACACAAUGAUUCGAAAAGUCGUUCUUUCUAACAAUAGGCGCACAUCUUUUCACGGCCAGUAGCUUCAUUUAUCUCGCGUUUUGCACGUACUUUCGUUCAGCAUAAUUCUUCUUUAAUUUAGCAAAACAUCGAAGUACUUUUAUUGCCAUAUAUUCUGCCAGACCAUUUCAAUUCAACAUAUUUGACGAUGACCUUCAGUGUGGAGAAGGUCUAUUGACAUCCACAGAUUAAGCGUCAUAUUCACUGUUGUGUCACGAAGCUGAAUUUGAUCAACAACGAAUAAAUGGAAAACGGCCACCUGAGGUCAGUUUGUAUGACGGUUGGAUCGUCGUAAUCGACAACGCCCAUAGCGUCUCCAGAAAUGUGGGGCUUCUACAGCUCCGGUAAUUUUCGUAGGAGUGAGUUUGUGGCUAGACAGAAUUGUGAACCAUCUGAAGCCUUCUUCCCCCACUCACCCAAUGGCAAGACAGAGUCAAGACUACCGGGGGUUAACUCGAACACAGAAAUCAACAAAGCUACACGGCUCAUCUACGCGCUCUAUACUCGACCUGGCCCACAUGUACAGAACGACACUGAAUGCGAUUCAGACCCCAAAUGAGUGAGAAGGCAGCACUGUAUCCUGGUCCGCAAAACUGAGAAGGACUACAUUACCCCGGAAGUUGGCAUCCUCCCAAGCCGCGACCUUUAGCGUCUCGUGAUAGAUUCAAGCACGUCAAAUGUAUUAUAAUGAGGAAUAUACCUAUGCGCUGUGAAGAUGUGUUCGCCAAUUUCGGUCUUAGUCGCUUUGUUUCCUUCUCCCCCCACGCUAGCGACUGUCUGUCUGAUGAUGGGUUCAGGUGAGAAUCCGAAACGUCAGGCGAAUAAAGCCCUUGCUCCAGCGAUCGCCUCUUCUUCUUCUGAUCAACUAGUACCUGGAACUCGCAUCUUCGCUCGUAUCGACGGUCCGCAUCUGUAAAUCAGUUGGUGAGGGGAUUGGCCGGUGCGGCCUGAAGGCCUAUGCUUAAGGCCCUCUACCACACACAUUUGUGUCUGUAAUUAUAGACUAGAGUGGAUUCAGCGCACCCUACAAAAAUGCACGUGGUGGGUCGACCUUAUUUCCGUCUUGAUCUAGCGCAUUUGAGCUGUUGUAAGGAUUAGUUUACACAAUCGACGAGAACUAUAUGAAGGUCAGUGUUCCAUUUUUAAUACACCACUCUGUAGAAAACAUUGCUUCCACCGGGAAACGUUUACAAAUAAUGCUCAUAUUUUCAGUAGAUGUGCUGAUUUGUAAAAUGUUAACCGAAAUUAUAAAGUGAGUUUUUGGCUCGAAAAUAUUACUUGCGCUGGCUUGUUAUAUUAAACACUGUGCAGCAUAAUCCCAUAAUAAUUCAGUAACCCCUGGAUACCGACAUUCGAAUAUAAUUCUUUCUGGCCGCAUGCAAAAAGGACAUUCUAUGAAAAUGACUACUGAAAUAACAUGACUUUUUGACGUUGAUUUUUGAUGCCCUUAUAAGUUCAAAUGGAUUUUAUGGAAAACAGGCAUAGAACUAUCCAUUCAGUUACCCAUUUGGUAGAAAACUGCGUCUUCUUUAAAUUUCAUACUUAAAGGAAGGGCAGAAUUUAGUUUUAAAAAGCUUUUCCAAUUGCCGGAUAACUUUGAACCCGACCAGUCUUUACAUCUGCAUUCGCAUUUCAAAACUACGAGCUGUAUAUUUUCUGUUUACGGAAAAUCACACUUUUCCGUAAGCUGCUAAGAGGAGGUUGUUUGGGGUCCAUAAAAUUUUACGGUGGAUUGGAGCCAUAUAGUAAACUUUACAAGCAGCAUCAGUAAAUGCAGAGGCAAGAUGUCACAUAGAUGGGUAUUUCACGGUCUUAAAAAAUCUCACAAUUGUAAACUUUUUGGAGCCAAAUUUUUACCAUUCCUUUAAGUAACAAAUUCGAAGAAUAUGUACGUCUCUACCAAAUGAAGAAAGUAAGGAAUAUUUUAUGGAUGUUUUCCAUUAAAUAUAUUUGGAUUCAUAGGGGCAUCGAAAAUCAAUUAUAAAAAUGUAUGAUAUAUCGGCAGUCACUUUACACAUUGUGUAGUUUUUGCAGUCGGCCGCAAAGAAUUUUAUCCAAAAGCCGGCAUCCUGAAGUACCUGAACUAUCCUGAGCUUAAUGUUAUGUGGUGGAUAGUAUUACAACCCUGCUUAAGUACUCUUUCCGAGUCGAAAACGAAUUUCAGAAUUUCGGUUGACACUUCACAAAAUAAAAAAUCUACUGUAAAUUUUCAUCUUCAGCACAAGCGAAGUUAGCCUGCAGGGCAGUUGAAUUUUUUUAAAGUGUUCGGGUCAGCUGUUCCAUUUUAGUAAACGUAUUUGAUUCCACUUAGAUGAUCCUGCCAGCCUUAAAGGUGUAUAUAAUCCUAUAAAAUCUCUGUAUAUUGAUGAAAAACUCCUUAGGGCCGCAUGUUGUCCGUUCGGAGGGGGAUAUCGCCCAGUGUGUCCACACUCUACGCCAUCCAGAGAGCCAUCGUGGACUUCGAUAAGAACCACUUCGCCAGAGUCUUCGGAGCACCUUUGGCACUGCAUGCGGAGCGCUCAGUCCAAACCCACAAACUUUAUGCAAACAGAGCUUGAAUUUAAGAUACACUGUUUGACCAUCUCGUUUAUACAAUAUGCACUGAGUGACUUAUCUCAUGAAACACUGGCCGAAAUUCUGAAAUGCGCUUAAGAUUAGGUAGGAGUACUCACGUGAGGUUGUAAUAUUGAUUAUCAGGCGGCAAAAUCCAAUAAUAUUUAGGACACUUCACGAUGUUGCAUUUGAACACACUUUUUUAACCUCCUAUAAAAACCGCGUUCGGUAAAAAAUGACUUUUAAGUAACAUGCCAUUUUCACGUUGAUUUUCGAUAGUUUUAUAAGUCUAAAUAUAUUUCAUAGGGAACAUGCACAAAGAUAUGCUUUCUGCAAUUCGCUUGGUAAAAAAUCACUUUGUCAUUAUACUUUUUACCCGAAGAAAGGACACAUUUAAGUGCUUAAAACGUUUCCCGAUUCCCUAUUAAUCUUGAGCCUGAUCAAGCGUUGUGUUAGCGUUUAGCAAUUUUAGUUUACAAUGUGCAUGCUUUCCGCGUAAGGAUAAUCAUAUUAUUCUUUACGCCUAUAAGAAAAUACCACAUAUGGUUCACAAAAUUUUGCAAUGGAUGCGGACUAUGUUGUAUACUUGAUGAGGGGCAUUGGUAAACGGACAGGUAGGAUGCUGUAUGAAUGGGAAUCGUACGGUCUUAAAAAAUUUCAUAAUUAGGAACUUUUUAGAACCAAAUGAUAAUCCUUCUUGGGGUAUAAAAUGUGAGGACAGCAUGAUGUUUUACGAAAUGUAGAACAAAAAAGCAUAAUUUUAUGCAUAUUUUUUAUAUUAUAUAUUUUAUAUUUUAUAUUAUAUUAUAUAUAUAUAUUAUAUGUAUAUAUAUAUUUAUAUUAUAUAUUUAUAUAUACAUAUAUUAUAUUACAUAUACUAUAUAUAUUAUAUAAUUAUAUUAUAUUAUAUAGUAUAUAUAUAUUAUAUAUAUUUAUAUUAUAUAUUUAUAUAUGCAUAUUUAUUUAUAUUUUUUAUAACCACCGAAAAUCAGUGUGCAAAAUGCAAGCUCCUUGAGUAGUCAUUUUUUGCAUAAUGUGGUCGAAAGCAUGUGCAUCCAACGGCCGACAUCCUGGUGGGUACUAAAUAUUAUUGGAUUAUGCCGCACGAUAAUCCCUAUCACAGCCCCACUUUUAUAAUUGAAAGCGCACUUCAGAAUUUCGGCCAUUUUAUGAGAUCGGCCACUUACUGUACAUUCAAGUGGGCGGAACGCUUUCGCGAGUACUCCGCAUGGCGCAUUCAGCAAAUUGUGAACUGCCUUUUGACGACCCUCGAUACCUGUAGCAAAUGAAUACUAAGAUCGUUCCUGGAAGCCUGGUUUUUAUUAUGUGAGUUAAUGGCAUGCAGGAGCUUGAGUUCUUUAUUAGCGUGCGUCGACCCCCCGCAGGUUUUGUGACGUCAGCGUCGGCGAAGACUUCAAAAUAAAUUCGACAGAUAUAUGUUUCGAAUUGAUUCCCAGUGAUGAGGUAUAGACGUCUUUCUUGAGAUUCAGGUUCAGAAGUUGAAAGAAUUUACGCGGCUUUUCUGACGCACUUAGUCUUCCCCCAAACAAACUACGUCAUAUCUAGCAGAUAGAGUGCUCAUAGGCCCGUGUUUACCUGCCUCUCAGUAAACUGACCUAAAAUUCUAACUUAACUGUCUCCAUCUGCCGGGACAUAUGAAGCGAUGCUCUCAAAAGUACAUGAAAUCACCAAAAAGUUUCUCUGCAAUUUCAAAAUCUGCGAAACUAAGACUCAGGCAAUAAAUUAUUCGUAAUACCUGAACCAAGGUUAUGCUCUUUACUCCUGGUUUGGCCUGAUCUCCAUUCAGUCGAGAGCAAUAACUGAAGGCCUUCUGAAUUGCAUCUCACGUAUAACCCAGAAAGCAUAAUCGUCAUAAAUUUGAGUCUACUACAUGUUGGCCGAGUGAAUUAGUUUGUGGGCGACAGUUGGCAGUCCUUCUAUUCCAGACUUAUUUCGCUUUACUGAUGAGCUUUAUUCCUAGAGGGCCAAACGUUGGCAUGCAGGGAUUUUGUCUUUGUGUCAUUAAACAAAAUUCUGUUUAUACCGUUAGAAAAAUUGACCGCUUAGUUUUAAUCUGUAUAUUGGGUGCUCGGUGGCCAGCCUACCGCCUUAUCUUAUCAGUCUGACCGUCGCAAAUGACCAUGUCCACACUGUGCCUCGCAGCAAGGUGGACGAGGAAUGUUGACUUUAACAUGAACCAAUCUAGUGGCCGCCGACUUGCGAACCGUCCGCCGCACCUAGUGAUAAGGCUACGCGUGGCCGAACACGGUGAACCAGGCUUUCACAGUAACGGGACAGGGUGGCUCUGAUCCCAGCUGAGUGGAACUGCCAGAGACCACGUUAAGAGGGAGACAGUGCAGCCCCACUCUCCAGACUCCAUCGACAGUCUUCCAAGUCGCGGCUUUCAGUGCAUUAGGACAGUUCAGAAACACGCCAGACUGUCUACACGGGCGAAGUGCUCCGAAUUGUCAUACCGGAUGAAACAUGACUUUUAGCAAGCGGCCAUCGAAACUUGGAAAAGAAAAAAAUUUAAAUAGUUGAUAUUUCUAACUAUUAUUUUACUUAUAAUUUAUGACUUAGUAUUUAUGCCCCCUAACAUUACCCUGUCCUGCAUUAAAACUCGAUUUCUCACGAUGGGUGUACGCCGCUGAAAUAAACUUUUGUUUGCGCAUGACUCAUAUAUGUCACAUAGCCAGUUAACACGGCCGUUGAAAUAAUUUUUGCCGACAGAUUCGCAGGUAAGUACAUCCGAUUGAGACAAAUGAGGAUUCGGGUUUGCAACCUGACUCGGCAUAGUCGGCGCUGAAAAACACUCUUAUUUGAACUAACAAAGCACGACGGAAGUGACACGAAAAGUGUAGCAGCUGCUCCAGUCCCCCUUUUCUCCGGCUCCGUUUUGUCGGUCGAUGGUCGCGACAAGCGCUGACAGGCCACUGACACACGACCACCCCCGCCGGCUAGAACUGGGGCACCUCCUGUCCAGCUGCAGUGACCCCCGGCUGCACUCACAAAAUAGUAUCACCUAACGCGCGUCGAUCGCUUUGGCUUGAUUCCCGUGAGGCCUUGUGAGUAUGCGCUCUCCAUUCCUCCCCUAAUUUGUCCAAUCACACGACCACCACUCAGACAGUCAUGCCCCCUUCCUGCUGACCCAGACACACACCGUGACUGGCGCUCUCCGUGAACGGACGCUUUUCUCUGUUGCAAGCAAAUCGCUAACUUACGGCAACCUGCCCUGUGUACAGAAUAAACUAGUCCUCACAGCUCCCUGACUUCUGACAGUAGACGAAACGAACUUAUUGUGCGUGGUUUAAGUCGAUCUCACAUCCUUGACCGCGUCAAAAGCAAAGGGAAAUGUGCCUGUAGGUCAGUUGGCAAAAUUCUCCCUAGCUUUUCAUGUAGAUGACAAAAUAUACAUGCCAAAUUUCCCCAGACAGACUACUUGGCAAUUAGGCCUGUCGGAGAAUUUUUUCGUGAGAGCUAAAUAUAGAUUCGAUAUCUGAUUAUCUACACACCCGUUACUGGAGAUUCUUCCCCAAGUGUUAAUUAGUUCCGUAAGCAGAAUGCAUGACGCCAGUCUAGAAAUAAUUAACUUCCAAAAUAACAAUAACUGUUCACUUGAACGUCUACGGGGACAUUGUCAUUACAAAGAGAAAUAUCCAAGAAGACGACAAGUCUGAAAAUAUGUAGAAAAUGUAAACAUUACUGAACGCCCGGCGGCCGGCGAUUUCAAAUUAAUGUGUGAGUUGUGAGUCUAAAAAAGAAUGAACGGUGAAAGAACUCUUCAGGUAAAAACACAGGUUCAUUUUGAGACAUCUGGCCUUAUUCCCUCCUACACGGCAUGGAACGAGUGUGUGUAAUAGGGUUUUAGCGAGAAAAGACUGUCGAUGAAGCCAUGAAAACACGUGCGAGUCCUACCCCAUACGUAUGGUCUACAAAGUGUCUGACAGUGUGUGCUAUUCCAUUAUCAACAAAUCACGGCCUUCGCAGCCUGGUUUGCGUUGGAAGUCCCCUGAAAACUAGUUCCCUGCCGGUAGCUGUGCUUGCGCUCCCGCCGAGCAUAUAGGUGGUGGGCAUGGCUUCCCAGUCAUGCCCGUCCUUCUGACCCCUGUUGGGUAACAAUCUGGAGAUGGCACCCAAAAAAAUCCGCCUAACCAAAGCAGCUUGUCUUACGGGACAGGUGGUAAUAGGGGUUUUAUGGGUGGUGGCUGGUCGAGAUGUACGAUACUAGCCGACGGAAAGCCUUAUUUGAACAGGUGAAUGAUCGAAGUUUGCCCGCUCUCCGUUCCGUUAUUAAAAAAUGGGUCGCCAAAGGCAUUAUAGUGGUAACGGACGAGUGGAAGGAGUGUAAUCGUCUUCCCUCAGAAGGUUAUCUACAUUCCUUGGUUAGCCACUCAAAGAACUUCAAGGACCCUACCACCGGACGGCACACCAAUGCCAUUGAGGCAUACUGGAGUAGACUGAAAAGGUAACUCCAAGAGGGAGACCCUGUAUGUGGUCGAGCUGUGUGGGCUCGCAUAGACGAAAUACAGUAUCCUCUUUGGUUGGGCCUCAAUGGCAUGUCUUUGACACAUCCCUGGGAACUGUUCCUUUCCCAUGUUUUGCAGACUUAUCCCAUUUAAAGUGCUUUUGCUUUGUAAUAAACUGCCAUAAUGCGAAGGUAUGCCGUAUUUUUAGGUGUACGUGUGUAACGAUGGGGAAAGUUGGGUAACAGCAACUAUCGUCCAUGUAACCCCCUGCGAUGUUCGUUCGGCCAGCCCAUGUUGGGCCGUCGCGGAAAGUUCAAGUAGUGCGUGAAAGUAGGCCUGCAACCGCUGAUAUAGCCUGAAGGCGUUCGAGUCUACUGUUAAAGGUAUUAUUCCUAGGUAACGGAGUUUUUGGGUGCCGUCUCCCGAUUGUUAGCCCCUGUUGGGUUGUUGUUGUUGUUGUUGUUGGUCAAGUGUAUGUUGUAGAUCAGGGGGUGUGAUGGCACGCCUAGGUGCGGGUCCGGCCUUGCCAGCCAAAUGCGCCCUCCCUCGUCCCGGUCUCCUUGACUCUGUCUUGACACUGGGUCCAGGCAGGGGAGGAGGGGAGAGUGCGGUAGCUGCUGCGCAAGUCUUCUAUCCCUAUAAACUAAACCACGCGCAGCUCACAAUGCCUGUUGCAUCUUGCUGUGUAGCACGCGGUGGACAUAGUCGGAAUCGACGGCCGAGCUGUCAUAUAUGGUCUAAGCGCUCUUCUUUACGUGAGUUAAUAUUACCUCGACGAGGAGACCGGUCGUGUGCCAAAGUCAAGGCAGAGGCGACUAAUGACAAAAUAUUCACCGAUCAGUUGGAGAAACAUGAGGGCCCAUUGUGAACCUCAACGGCUCCAUUUGGAACGAAACGAGGAAGAGUGGUUAAAGGCCGUAAAAACAAUCGCUUCAGGUGGCAGUCACAGUGGACUUAAAAAUCCGAAAAUAAUUUCAAGUGUCAUCACUUUGAGUAGAAGUUCCUAAGUGAAAGAGCUAAACAUGAAGAUGCAACAUUCAGACUUUGGGAUGACUUUUACCGAAGUACAGUAGUUGAAUAUUUUAGAAGUAAGUUAAUGAGAAAACCUCGAUACCGUUCGAUCUAGACAGAUCUAAACAGCUUUGUUGUGGAUACUAUUGACCUGUUGACUACGUAGUACAGAAAUGAACUUACAUUCAUCUCUCUCAUUGUGCUAAAUGUCUUCUAAAUGGGCAACAUUAGACAACGGACCAAAAAUCUAAGCAAAGCCUUUUUCAACCAAGAAGGAGCCACGUCAGCACGUCCUGCCGGUCCUGAAACGCCGCACUAAGAAAUCGGUAUCGAGCCGAAAACUUGAAUAGAUGAAUACGAUAGAUUGCGACAGAACAGAUGGCGGGAGCACGACCAGAGAUAAACUACCGAGUUUAGCUUACUGGAAAGCUUACUAGAAAGCCAAAGCACACAUAAAUAUUGUCGGAAACAGUGUCAUAAAUAGCUUAAAAGGAUAAGUAUCAAGACUUAUACAGGCAAACUCCGGCGGGGAGUUGUUUGGAGCCAAGUGGUGGUGGAACACUUAGAUACAUGAUGACUGUAUGCAUGCACACCUAGCUGCUCUCAUAGAUGAGGCCUUGCUCCAUGGUUCAACGUGUUUGGAUGAUCAUAAGUGAUGGAAAUGGAUACUGAGGGAGAUUUCGGAGCAUAAAUACGUUGAGGUACCUAUCGACUUGUGUCUAAAGCGAUUUUUUAUAAAUAACAAACUUACAGAAAACUUUCAAUGCGCACAGCUCCCUGUCUAAAUGGACGAAAACAUUUGAAGCAAUUGACAUCAGAUAUGAGCUACGGCGGUCGCUUAAAGAGGAAGAAGUGAGGCAAACAAAAAAAAACGAAAGCAUAUAUAUGUCACCGGAGAAUCAGGUAAGAUGGCUAACAAGCCCAGGCGAUAAUAAAUGAACUAAGUUUGGACUAACUCGUGCAUAUAGAGCUUCAUACUGAGACCACACACACACGCACAAUAGUCCGACUGUCGUUUUCGACAAUGUCUACCGUGUGCCCCACACCUGCUGCAGGGACGGUGAUUUGCGCAGGGGUUUAUAGUGCCAGUAGACUUGCGCUGCAUCUACCUACACUCUCUCCUCCUCCCCCGCCUGAGCCCGGUGUCAAGACAGAGUCAGGAAGACCGGAGACGAGGGAGGCCGCAGGUGGAUGACUCGGACGGAUCCUCGACUUGGCGCUCUACUCCGCACCCCCUGGUCCAGACAACAAUGACCAAGAUCUUGACCGCCACAACAAUGGAGGGCGGGGCAGUGAUCCCAGUUGUGCGACGGCUGUCAACAACAGGGACUGCCAGCGCACCUCCCACAUGUUGGCACUUGUUAUUGCACACAGAUAACGCCUUCCAGAAUCCGAUGUGGCCCCCGUGUUGGUCCAGCGCAUCUAACACGUGGCCCGUUUGGAGAGCACACACCGACAACUGUUCGACCGUUGUGCCCAGCGAUGUCCCCAUAUGCUCCAUAGCCUAACGAAGCAGGCGCGGUACAUUGAGUGUGAUUUAGUUUGUACUGGUAGUAGACUUGCACAGUACCUACUGCACUCUCUCCUACCUCUCCUGGGCCCAGUGUCAAGACAGAGGCAAGAAGGCCGGCAGCAGAGAAGGGUGCAGGUGGAAGGCACAUCCGAGCCCGCGCCUCGGGGCUCCACUUCACACCCCUGGUCCACAGCAAACACUUGACCAGGAUUUUAACCAACCACAGCACCGCAACGGAUCAAGGAGACGGAGAUGACUGGGUAGUCAUGCUCACGACCUGUAUACCCAGCGGAAGCGCAAGAGCAUCUACCGGCAAGGGAUUAGGUGUCAGAGAACUGACAGCGCAUACCAGGCUAGAGGGACCAUUGUUUGCUGAUACUGUCGUGGCAGACGAUUACAGUUCUUGAGUCCCAGAUGUGUGACACGCAGCACUGCAUUUACCUUGGCCAUCACCCUUCGAAAGCCGGAUAACCAAUCAGUUAUCGACUGAGAGGCACUACCCACGUGCAUUCACUUUUAAAUGCAAGAAUGUCAGAGGUGCCAUUGCAGCUUGACUCACAACUCACCUGUCGGCCACUCCACACAAGCACACACAACUGGACAGACUACAUGGACUGAGUUGAGGUGUCAGUCGGCAGCCUUCCAAGGCACGGCGCCUGGUACACCUUAAUAGUCUCAGACCCGGAUUACACAUGCAGCAGAAGACUCGUACCCAACGAUGUGAGGAGUGGAGUCAUUCAGGGUAGUGUACUCAGCCCGCUUUUAUUUUACCUUUUUGUUAACGAUGCACCCGAUGUAUUUCAGAAUGGUAAGCUCUUCAUGUAUGCCGAUGGUCUGUAAGUUGCUUAUCGAUAUAAGCCGGCAGAUCGUGACACCGUGCUUGAAAUCCUAAAGAACGACCUACAGGCCUUUGCCCAGUGGUGCUGCACACGGCGCCUUUCUCUUUCUUGGCAUAAAUGCUCACUCAUCGUGGUUGGCGACGACCGCCAACCUGAACUAAUCAUUGAUGGUCACGCCACAAAUGCGCCUGGGGUUAUUAAGGAUCUGUUUGUAUCAUACUCCAGUAGCCUUAAUCUUUCGGAGCACUGUGCCUUGAUAGUCUCCAAAGCACUCAGAACGACCGGGUUUGUCCUCCGAAACUUUAAAACUAGUGACAUUAGAAUGCACCUUUAUAACAUGUACGUUAGACCUGGUCCGGAAUACUGUUCGUUUUUAUUUAGCCUCAUGCGUGCUGCUGAGCAGAAGAAAAUAGAAUCUGUUCAACACGUUUUACCAAGAGAGUCAGCCCUGGAACACCGGCAUUUGUCUUACCAAGAACGUUACGGGUUACAGGCCUUGAUCCUUUAUGGUUUCGUAGAUUACAAAAGGGACUAUUUUUGCUAUUUAAGUUUUUUAUAUAAUCGUAGCUUUAACGCACUCACUACUUUAAGACAUUAUGUUCACCCCCGACGUUACAGUCACCGUGAGGUCAUUUUAUUUCUUCCUCUGGUACGUACUAUUAAAUAUCGUCGGUUCUUUUCUGUAAAUGCAAUUGAUAUUUGGAAUAAACUACCCAUAAGUGUGAAAACUCUGCAAAAUUAUCCUUUAUUUAAGAGAACUAUUACUCGAUUUUUGCAUUCAGAAAAGCUCCCACAAAUUUUGGGUGCUGAAUCCACUGAUCGACUCUACCGUAGCGAUGGCGUUUGGGGUCUCUGACAACUAUGGCCGGUCUCACCAGGAACAAUUUCUUUGGCCAACAGCGACAGCUGUUCUUCGGCGCUUCUGUUUGGUUUAGCUCAAACUUCAUGAAAGAAAUUGGCGACUGAUAAUAUCCGAUACCGUGCAACCCCUUCCUUCUUGACGGUCGAAAGUUUGCCCUCAGCAGGUUUUUUUACCUGAACCCUCCAACCCAUAAAAACCACCAUCAACUAUAUUUUUAUUCCUUUUCCACCGGAGUUUUUUCCACUGCUGGCCGGAUUCGUGUUCAACGCUUCCCUGACAAUGCCUGUAAACAGGCAGUAAAUAAAAUUAUUAUUAUUAUUAAGAGUCGCAUGGAGAAGUCGAGGAGCGCACUUCCCACUUGCAUGGGGAGGUGACGAUUGAGUCCUUACGGUGAAUAAUAUUGUUGUGUGUAGCAGGUGCCGGUAGGAAGUGUGGUGGCGUAAUGUAGUCGGCGUUUAUCUACCGGAGGCUUUCAUUAAUGCGUAUGUGAUUUAGUAGGCCCAUACGGUGGCGAUGUGUGCGGAGGUAGUGGGGCAAUUGACGCAGAUGUAGCAGGCGUAUGUUUGUCCCCCGGGAACUGGUUCGCCAGUCUGUCCACCUCAGUUUGUCCUGGUAGAUCUGAGUCCUUGUUAUUUACAAAAUCCUUCGGCGUGUUAACUUACCCAUUUUAUUUCCUAUGUUGCGUUUUGAAGUUACCAUUUUAUUGACAAGUCUACAUGCAGUAUACAAUGACCUUGUUGUUUUACACUUAUUUUCUCUGUCGAAGUUUAAACCUCUGUAUCUUUCACACUUGUUAUCUGUGUUAAGCAACGACAGGCUGCAGUUGAUAAGCCGUCGCGAAAUUUACUUUUGUCUAUGCCUGCUUUAAGUUCAUUCCGGGAAAUAUUUCUUCAACUACUGCAUUCAUAAACAACACAAUGACUCGAAAAGUCGUUCCCUCUGACAAUAGGCGGACAUAUUUUCGCGGCCAGCAGCUUCAUUAAUCUCGCGUUUUGCACACAAUUUCGUUCAGCAUAAUUCUUUUUUAAUUGAACAAAACAUCAAAGUACUUUUAUUGUUAUAUAUUCUGUCAAACCAUUUAAAUGCAACGUAUUCGAAGAUGACAUUCAGUGUGGAGGUCUAUUGACAUCCACAGAUUAAGCGUCAUAUUCACUGUUGUGUCACGAAGCUGAAUUUCAUCAACAGUACAUAAAUGGAAAACAGUCACUUGAGGUCAGUUUGUAUGACGGUCGGGUCGUUGUAGCCGACAACGCCCAUAGGGUGUCCCAAAAGGAGGGCUUCUACAGCACCGGCAAUUUGCGUGGGAGUGAGUUUAUGGCCACACAGACUUGUGCAUCAUCUAACGCCUUCUUCCCUCACCCACCCAAUGGCAAGACGGAGGUAAAACGACCGGUGUUUAACUCGAGCACAGUAAUCAAUAAAGCUACACAGCUCAUCUACGCGCUCCACACGCGACCUGAUCCACAUGUACAGAACGACACUGAAUGCGAUUCAGACCCCAAAUGAGUGAGAAGGCAGCACUGUAUCCUGUUCCUCAAAACUGAGAAAGACUACUUUACCCCGUAAGUUGGCAUCCUUCCAAGCGGCGACUUUUAGCGUCUUGUGAUAGAUUUAAGCCGUCAAAUUUAUUAUAAUGAAGAAUACACCUAUGCGCUAUGAAGAUGUGUUUGUCAAUUUCGGUCUUAAUCACUUUGUUUCCUUCUCCCCCCACGCUAACGACUGUCUAUCUGAUGAUGGGUUCAAGUGAGAAUCCGAAACGUCAGGCCAAUAAAGUCCUUGUUCCAGCGAUCGCUUCUUCUCCUUCUGAUCAACUAGUACCUGGAACCCGCAUCUUCGCUCAUAUCGACGGUCCGCAUCUGUAAAUCAGUUGGUGAGGGGAUUGGCCGGUGCGGCCUGAAGGCCUUUGCUUAAGGCCCUCUACCACACACCUGUGUGUCUGUAGUUAUGGACUAGAGUGGACUCAGCGCACUCUACAAAAAUGCACUUGGUGGGCCGAUCUUAUCUCCGUCUUGAUCUAGCGUACUUGAGCUGUUGUAAGGAAUAGUUUACACAAUCGAUGAGAACUAUAUGAAGGCCAGUGCUCCAUUUGUAAUACACCACUCUGUAGAAAACACUGCUUCCACCGGGAAACGUUUGCAAAUUAUGCGCAUAUUUCCAGUAGAUGUGCUAAUUUGUAAAAUGUUAACCGAAAUUAUAAAGGGCGUUUUCGGCUCGAAAAGAUUACUUAGGUUGGCUUGUUAUAUUAAUCACUGUGUAGCACAAUCCCAUAAUAAUUCAGUAUCCUCAGGAUACCGACUUUCGAAUUAUCUUCUUUCUGGCCGCCUGCAAAAACUACACUCUAUUAAAAUGACUACUGAAAUAACAUGACUUUUUGACGUUGAUUUUUGAUGCCCUUAUAAAUACAAAUAGAUUUUAUGGGAAACAGGCAUAGAACUAUCCAUUCAGUUACCCAUCUGGUAGAAAACUGCGUCUUCUUCAAAUUUCAUACUUAAAGGAAGGGCGAAAUUUGAUUUUAAAAAGCUUUUCCAAUUCCCGGAUAAGUCUGAACCCGACCUGCCUUUGCACCUGCACUCGCAUUUCAAAACUGCGAGCUGUAUAUUUUCUGUUUACGGAAAAUCACACUUUUCCGUAAGCUGCUAAGAGGAGGUUGAUUGGGGUUCGUAAAAUUUUAAGGUGGAUUGGAGCCAUAUAGUAAACUUUACAAGCAGCAUCAGUAAAUGCAGAGGCAAGAUGCCACAUUAAGGGGUAUUUCACAGUCUUAAAAAAUCUCACAAUAGUAAACUUUUUGGAACCCAAUUUUUACCAUUCCUUUAAGUAACAACUUCGAAGAAGAUAUACUUCUAUCAAAUGAGCAAAUAAAGGAAUAUUUUAUGGAUGUUUUCCAUUAAAUAUAUUUGAAUUCAUAGGGACAUCGAAAAUCAAUGAUAAAAAUGUAUGAUAUAUCGACAGUCAUUUUUCACAUUGUGCAGUUUUUGCAGUCGGCGCAAAGAAAUUUAUCCAAAAGCCGGCAUCCUGAAGUAACUGAACUAUCAUUAGCCUAAUAUUAUGUGGUGGAUAGUAUUCAACCCUGCUUAAGCACGCUUUCCGAGUCGAAAACGAAUUUCAGAAUUUCGGUUGACACUUCACGAGAUAAAAAAUCUACGGUAAAUUUUCAUCUUUAGCACAAGCGAAGUUAGCCUGCAGGACAGUCGAAUUUUUCCAAAGUGUUCGGGUCAGCUGUUCCAUUUUAGUAAACGUAUUUGAUUUCACUUAGAUGAUCCUGCCAGAACCCUGGAUAGACGUGUCUAAUUUCUCCACGGACCAGCCUUAAAGGUGUAUAUAAUCCCAUAAAAUCUCCGUAUAUUGAUGAAAAACUCCCUAGGGCCGCAUGUUGUCCGUUCGAAAGGAGAUAUCGCCCAGUGUGUCCACACUCUACGCCAUCCAGAGAGCCAUCGUGGAUUUCGAUGAGGAGCACUUCGCCAGAGUCUUCGGCGCACCUUUGGCACUGCAUGCGGAGCGCUCAGUCCAAACCCAUAAACCUUAUGCAAACAAAGCCUUAAUUUAAGAGACACUGUUUGACCAUUUCGUUUAUGAAAUAUGCACUGACUGACUUAUCUCAUGAAGUACUGGUCGCAAUUCUGAACUGCGCUUAAGAUUAGGAAGGAAUACUCACGUGGGGUUGUAAUAUUGAUUAUCAGGCGACAUAAUCCAAUAAUAUUUAGGAUACUUCACGAUGUUGCAUUUGAACACACUUUUUUAACCUCCUGUAAAAACCGCGCUCGGUAAAAAAUGAAUUUUAAAGUAACAUGCCAUUUUCACGUUGAUUUUCGAUAGCCUUUUAAGUCUUAAUAUAAAUCAUAGGGAACAUGCACAAAGAUAUGCUCUCCGCAAUUCGCUUAGUAAAAAAGCAAGUUGUCAUUAUACUUUUUACCCGAAGGAAGGACAUAUUUAAGUGUUGAAAAUGUUUCCCAAUUUCCGAUUAUUCUAGAGCCUGAUCAGCCAUUGUAUUAGCGAUUAGCGAAUUUAGUUUACAAGCUGCAUGCUUUUCGCGUAAGGAUAAUCAUAUUAUUUUUUACGCCUAUAAGAAAAUACCACAUAUGUUUCAGAAAAUUUUGCAACGAUGCGGACUAUGUUGAAUAAUUGAUGAGGGGCAUUGGUAAACGGACAGGUAGGAUGCUGUAUGAAUGGGAAUCGUACGGUCUUAAAAAAUUUCACAAUUAGGAACUUUUUCGAACCAAAUGAUAAUCCUUCUUGGGGUAUAAAAUGUGAGGACAGCAUGAAGUUUUACGAAAUGUAGAACAAAAAAGCAUAAUUUUAUGCAUAUUUUUUAUAUUAUAUAUUUUAUAUUUUAUAUUAUAUUAUAUUACAUAUAUAUAUUAUAUGUGGAUAUUGGCAAAAAUGCUGACCCCAGGUGUUAAUAUGGAAGAGGAGGAUGAGGCGAUCUCUGGGGAAGAAGGUUUAUUCAUCUGACGUUUCGUGUUCAUACUCGAGCACAUCUUCGGAGAUAGGCUGAGCGAGAAAUACAGGGUUUAAAUAGGCCAUCUGCACUCCCACCCGAUAGGUUCGUCCCGUUCGCUUCUCGUUGCCCCCCCCUCUCGCGCGUAGAUGGUGCCUGACGGCCUCGUAUGGCGCUGGCAAAUCGAUACUUCGGUUGAUAGAGUUCGUGUCUGAUUUCCAAGCCUCGAUUACUUCCCUCGCCAGUUUGCUUUCGGCUCGGCCGAGCACCUAGGCGCCGUCAAAGUCGAACUUGUGAUUGUUUUCCAGGCAGUGCAUGGCGACAUGCGAUAGUACGUCCUUUCGCCUUACGGCCCAAAUGCGGUCCCCAAUCUCCGGCUACCUGGCUGAGGCCGUCUUGCAGGAACUGGAAACGCGGGUCUUCCAGACAUACAAGCCGAAAUUCUGGAUGCGCUACGUAGACGACACCUUCGUCAUCUUACACCGAGACGCGAAAGACAACUUUAAAAGAGAAUUGGACUCAGUUUUUCCACAAAUCCAAUUUACCAUAAAUAACGGAGUGCUCCCUUUCCUCGACGUCCAGGUAUCGAGGCAGGAAGACGGAACCCUCCAGACUGGUGUCUUUCGAAAGGCAACAGACACGGAGAAAAUUCUUCAUUACAACAGCAAUCACCCCCUGUCGCAUAAGCGCAGUUGUGUCCGGGCCCUUUUUCGCCGCAUCCACACACACUGCAGCACAGAAGCCGAGAAGCUGCGGGAGCGUAAAACCCUAUGGCGCCUCUUCCUUGCCAAUGGAUACCCACGCAGUUUUGUGAACAAAUGCUUGUACCGAAGGCACACGAAGACGGACGGUGAGAAGAAACAAAGACCAGAAAUCUUCUGUGUCUUGCCCUACGUGAGUAACGUCUCCGAAGCCACUGAGCGCAUACUAAGGCCGCUAGGCGUAGGCGUUGGUCACCGACCGGAGGCCACCAUCCGCCGCUUAAUCAUGCAGCCCAAGGGCCGGCUACCACCUGCAGACACGUCAGGCGUUAUUUACCGCGUCAAAUGUCUGGACUGUCCAGCCAACUACUGUGGCAUGACCGACAAACGCCUAAGAACGCGCAUGCAUGAGCACACUUUGGCCGUAAGGCGAAAGGACGUACUAUCGCAUGUCGCCAUGCACUGCCUGGAAAACAAUCACAAGUUCGACUUUGACGGCGCCUAG